CGAAAAGGCACACCGGUGGGCGGUGGCGGUCGCGUAUAUUGGCGAAUCCGAAGAGAGUAAAGUGGUCUGCUCUCUCUCUCUCUCUGCUGGUCAGAUUCUGACUGACGGAAGACUUCCCCACUUCCUCGCCCACUCUCCCGUCUUCGCACUUUCUUUCCCUGCCGCAAUUCUUCUAUCUACGCCGGCGCGCGGAUCAUCUACGCCCCCUACUCCACGUUUUCUAGCCGUUGUGAGUUUUUUUUUUUCUUCUGCAGUUGACCACCAUCAUUUUCGCGCAAUUUUUCCCCCCACCCUUCCCCUUGAUCAGUUUCCCUUUUCACUCCCCACAGAAUUGGAAUGGGAAAAGAACCCUAAACAGUAACCAACAGCAACACCAACAACUCCCCAGUUUGUCCUCAUCUUCUUAUUCUCUGCCUCGACUUCUAAUCCUCGUUUCCUCAGAUGACUGACUUGGACUUUCAACCCCUCUUCUGCUUCUUCUUCAUCUUCUUAAUUAUUGACUAAUUAAUAAUUAAUUCGCCACCACUCCAGUUUUCUCCACCCCCCCCACCGUUUCAUCUUGAUUAAAGCAAAGAAAGCCACUGCUGGCAGAAGAAGAAAGAAUCUUUGUCAUCGUCGCCUCCGCCCGCCAUGAGCGACUCUCCCAGUUCUAAGACUUCCUCUUCAUCCGCCGCUUCCCCUUCCACCGCCGAUCAGAUUGUGGGGAGGAGUCUUGACGGGGGUGGUACUCAAGCACUGGGAAUUGACGUACCCCGGAAAUGGCACGAUGUUUUCUGGUCAGGAAUCUUUUCAGUUCAUCUCAUUGGAAUAGGAUUUGCUCUUGUGAUGUUGGGCUUCAAUAAGUUCAGGGGAAAGAAUAGGUUUCAUCUCGAUAUAUAUCAUGGUGAUGGCAGCCAUGGGUGGGGUUACACCGAGGAUUACUGGCCCAUUUAUGCUUUGGCUGGUGGAAUUGGGACUCUACUUGGUUGGGCUUGGUUGUUGAUGCUUGGUUCUUUUGCCAAUCAGAUGAUGAACAUCGCUGUUCAUAUCUUGACCACUUAUCUUGCAGUUAUUAGUGUUCUGUGUUUCUGGUCUGAGCAGUUCUUCUGGGGUGUGACGUUUGCUAUUGGAGCUGGAUUGCAGUUUUUGUAUGUCAUAUCAGUUAUAGACCGACUUCCUUUUACCAUGCUGGUUCUGCAAAAGUCAGUGAAGAUGGUAUGGAGUCUUCCUGAAGUCCUGAGAGUUGCAUAUGCAUUCAUGCUAGUAGUGCUUUUAUGGAUGAUAUUAUGGUCUUUCGGAGUAGCUGGAGUUCUGGCUUUGAACUUGCCCGAUGGCGGUGGCUGGUGGCUUCUUUUGGUUUUGUCAAUAAGCUUGUUUUGGACGGGUGCAGUGAUAUGUAAUAUGGUACACGUUAUAGUUUCUGGAAUGGUGUUCCUUGUUCUCAUCCACGGUGGCCGAGAUGCUGCAUCAAUGCCUCCCAACUCCUUGAUGAAGGCUAUAAGAUACACUCUCACAACCUCUUUUGGCAGCAUUUGCUAUGGUUCACUGUUCACUGCUGCAAUUCGGACAUUGCGUUGGGAGAUCAGAGGGUUGAGGUCAAAGAUAGGCAAGAAUGAGUGCUUGCUUUGCUGUGUCGAUCUUAUGUUUCAUCUUGUGGAGACUCUUGUCCGUUUCUUCAACAAGUAUGCCUAUGUCCAGAUAGCUGUAUCUGGGAAAGGGUUUAAUCGGUCAGCAAGGGAUGCGUGGGAGCUAUUUCAGUCAACUGGAGUUGAGUCACUGGUUGCAUAUGAUUGUUCAGGUGCUGUUCUUUUGAUGGGAACAAUAUUAGGUGGGCUUAUCACAGGGACUUGCGCGGCAAUCUGGACUCAUUUCAAGUGGGAAGCCAAGAAUGAGAGAAUGCUAAUGGUUGGAUCCACUGCAAUGUUGAUGGGGAUGGUCUUGGUUGGAGUUGCAAUGGUGGUUGUUGAGAGCGCCGUUACAUCGAUGUACAUAUGUUAUGCAGAAGACCCGUUGCUAAUCCACAGGUGGGACGCCGAGUUCUUCAACCAGUUGUCGGAAGCGUUACACCAGCGCCUUCGACACAGAAGUGCUCGAGGGCGGGAAGUAUUGACCCAGAAUAGGUUUGAUGUUAACAUACAAGAAUCUGUAUCUCUUUGAUAGCAACACUUGGAUCAUCCCUCUCUUUUUGUGGAAGUGGGGGGGUUGGUUUGAUCAGGUUUUAAUGAUUGAACACAAUACGUGACCUGUAUGUGAUUCUGUCUUGAUAUAAAUUAUGAUAACUCACCUUGCAACCAAUGAUAUGAUUGUGUUGAUAAUUUGUAGAAUUACAGCAGUGAUCAUAACUCAUAACGACUAUCUCCAAGAAA